AUGUAUGCUCUAAGUAUUUUAUUAUAUUUAUAUAGAUUUAAAAGUUUUCUUUUUUUUUUAAUGAAGAAUAGUAAAUGUACAUCAACUCAACUUAAAUUACCUAUGCUAUUAGUUAUUGUUGUUGAUACAGCUACAUUAAAAGUUGAUCAUUAUGAUUAUGGUAUUCGUGAUGAUGCUAUUAAAACUGUGAUAAAACUUAAUGAAGAACAAAAAGAUAAUCAAAUAAGAUUACUUUAUUUCGAACAAAUUCCAUGGUAUUUUCGUAUGUUUUUUUUUAAAUACUCUUCAAAUAAUAAUACUUGA